AUGCCAGGCAUAGACCCAGACGUCAUUUGCCACAAACUCGCCACUGACAGAGCAAUCCGGCCUAUAGCUCAAAAGAACAGAAACCUCGGAGCAGAAAAAUCUAAAGGCAGCCCUAGAAAAAACCAGAAAGCUCUUCAGUGCCAACUUCAUCAAAGAGAUCCGCUUCACCACAUGGCUGUCAAAUGUGGUAAUGGUAAGGAAAAAUUCAGAAAAAACACAAAAACCAAUAUACUUCGUCAACAGAGUCAUGCAACCAGCCGAACGAAAGUAUCCGAGAAUAGAGCAGCUGGCCCUAACACUGGUGACAACGGCGAGAAGACUCAGACACUACUUUCAAAGCCACCCGAUAAUUGUAAGAACGAACCAACCAUUAAGGCAAAUACUGACAAAAUCAGAACUAGCUGGACGACUGACCAAAUGUUCCAAUCAAGACCGAUCCUGAAAGCACAUAUCCUCGCAGACUUCAUCUCUGAGCUCACCCCUGACGAGCACCACUACAACAAGGCCUGGGAACUACAUGUUGAUGGGGCAUCAAGCCGAGAAGGAAGCGGGGCCGGGAUAGUCCUGAAAGAGGGAGACAAAGUGAUAGCUGAGCAAUCCCUCCAAUUCCACUUCUCAGCGAGUAAUAAUCAGGCCGAGUAUGGGGCACUCAUAGCAGGACUCAGGCUCGCCAUCAACCUACAAGUACAUAGCCUGACGACGCACUGUGAUUCCCUCUUGGUGGUUCAACAAAUCCGAGGAGAUAUUCAGGUAAAAGAUCCCUUGCUGGAGCGGUAUUGGCUCAUAGCAAAGGAUCUCAUUUCAAAAUUCAGCUCGUUCAUCAUAUUGCAUGUGCAUAGAGAAAAGAAUGUUAGAGCGGACAUAUUAUCUAAACUUGCUACCACUAGGGCGGACACCCAAACAUCAGCACUAUCACAACUCACACUUAAAAAGCCUAGCAUUGAACUUUUAUCUAUAACAAACAUUAACCAUCUCCGAGACUGGAAAACACCUUUUCUUAAGUACAUCAAUGCAGGUACCAUACCCAAAGACGAGCUUAACUCGCAACACUUUAGACGAAAGGCAAGUCUAUACACAAACAUAGCCGGAGAACUAUACAAGCGCGGCUUCUCACAACCAUUACUAAAAUGCCUAAACAAAGAUGAAGCAGAAGAGGUAAUGGACGAGGUUCACAAGGGCGUAUGUGGAAACCACAUCGGAGGACGAGCUCUCGCCGCUAAGAUCAUCCGAACAGGAUACUAUUGGCCAACUAUGAAAAGUAGAGGCUGCAUAGCAAAGGUCAAGGCAUGCGACAACUGUCAGAAGCAUGCCGCCGUCUCUAUGAAGCCUGCCGAAGUCUUACACAGCAUAGAGGUAAGUUGGCCUUUCCACAGAUGGAGGCUCGACAUCCUCGGCCCAUUUCCAAUAGCUUCAAGCCAGGUAAAAUUUCUUUUAGUAUCAAUAGACUAUUUCUCCAAAUGGAUAGAAGCACAGCCACUAGCAAGAAUAACUGCCAAAAAGGUACGAUCUUUCAUAUGGAAAAACAUCAUAUGCCGAUUUGGAAUACCAAAGGAGAUAAUAUCGGACAAUGGUAGACAAUUCAGAGAUAACAAACUCGCAUCAUUUCUAAAAAAUUUUAACAUAUUGCAUCAUUUUAGCUCGGUCGAACACCUACAAACCAAUGGACAGGCCGAAGCUGCUAACCGAGUUAUAUUGCAGGCAAUAAAGAAAAAGCUCAAAAAUGCGAAAGGAGGAUGGGCGAAAUUAAUUCCAGAAAUAUUAUGGAGCUAUAACACAACAGUACAAUCCACCAUGGGGGAAACACCUUUCAAACUAGUUUAUGGGUCGAAAGCAUUAAUCCCAGUUGAAGUCGGCAUUCCUACAAUAAGAACCGAGCUAUACGAUAAACAACACAAUACAAACGCAAGAAACGCCGAGCUUGAUCUGACCAAAGAGGACAGAGAAAUCACCGCCAUCAAACAAAAAGCCAAGAAACAAUUGGCAGAAAGAAAGCACAACAAGAAGGUUGUGCCGAGGACAUUCAGCGAAGGCGACCUAGUACUCCGACGAACAGAAGACGCAAGGCGACUCCCUUCACAUGGAAAGCUCGCAGCAAAUUGGGAAGGACCUUUCCGAGUAACCAAAGUGCUCGAAAAGGGGGCUUAUCAACUCCAAACACUACAAGGCGAACCAGUCUCAGGAAACUGA